CUGUUUGCAGAUCUAAUUGCUUGCUUGGCAUUUGGCAUUUGUGGAGAACAGGACAAUGGCUGCCAGCAAGAGCAAGAACCAGAGUUCCUUGGCCCUCCACAAAGUGAUCAUGGUUGGCAGUGGAGGCGUAGGCAAAUCUGCACUCACUCUUCAGUUUAUGUACGAUGAGUUUGUGGAAGACUAUGAGCCUACUAAGGCUGACAGCUACAGAAAGAAAGUAGUUCUGGAUGGUGAAGAAGUUCAGAUAGACAUUCUGGACACAGCAGGACAAGAGGAUUAUGCAGCCAUCAGAGAUAACUACUUCCGCAGCGGGGAAGGGUUUCUUCUAGUCUUCUCAAUAACGGAGCAUGAAUCCUUUACAGCAACAGCAGAGUUUCGGGAACAGAUUCUCCGUGUGAAGGCUGAAGAGGAUAAAAUCCCUUUGUUGGUAGUUGGAAACAAGUCUGAUUUGGAAGAGCGCAGACAAGUGCCUGUAGAAGAGGCUAGAAGUAAGGCAGAGGAGUGGGGUGUGCAGUACGUAGAGACCUCUGCUAAAACUAGAGCAAAUGUAGAUAAGGUAUUCUUUGAUCUAAUGAGAGAAAUCAGAGCAAAGAAAAUGUCAGAAAACAAAGACAAGAAUGGCAAGAAAAGUGGCAAGAACAAGAAAAGCUUUAAAGAAAGAUGUUGCUUACUGUGAUGCUUGGGGAACUGUUAAUAUCUACAGGUGGCAGGAUAAGAUACCACUAAGGAUAUAGGGCUGGAUUCAUGAAAGGAAGUCUGUAUUGACUCCCUUAUUUCUUGCUUUGCAUAUCACACCUUCAAAAUGUGAAAACAGAACUUUGAAACCAUUUCUGGUAUGCAACAAACCUAUGCCUACUUACAUGGAAAUGGGCUUUGUCUUCCCAGUGUCUUUCAAGGCUAGAUAUAUACUGAGUCUCAGAACUACAAUAAUUCUGUUUGAUUAUACCAAGUACUUUCAUAUUAACUUCCUAGUAUAUUUUAAUGUUUGAGUGUUUUUUUUCUUGAACCUCUAUUGGCCUUAACAAGCACAGUUGUUCAGGUUUGAACAAUUUUCAGUGUCUUUGCCCUUUGUUGCAAACUACAGACAAUUUAGAUGGCAUCUGGUAAAGGUUUGAGUCUCUAUCAUCUGCUAGUGGUCACUGGUAUGUCUUAAAUCUGCUGCUU